GCUGCGUCAAGUUCGACGAACACUGUCAUGGAAUGUGGCGGAGAGGUCCGCUCCGAGCCUUCGCAGAAAGUCAGAUGCACAGGGUUGACACUCCGCCGAUAUUGCUCGCACUCAGGCACGUUGCCCCAUAAAAGCGGGGGAAACGGCUUCUCGAAUCCCUCACCGGAGAGUAUCUUUCUCGGUCUCCCGGCCCCUUUUCCCCGCACGCACUCGUUUUUUAUCGGAUACGUUCUCAAGACGACGGUAACGACAAAGAUACUCCCACCUGAAGCAAGAAACGUUCGAGAAACAUGUCUGACUUGGAGAAAGGACGCGUCGAGCACAACGAGGUGGCCACUGCUGAGCUCAACGCGAACAGGACUCGUGGCGCGGGGAGUGCGCCUCACGUUAACGGUCAUCACCCGUGGAACCAGCCGCUUGCGAUCAAGCCCGUUACGCGUUUGGGUAACCCUGUGCCUCUUGGCCUGACGUCCUUCGCGUCGACUACGCUCGUUCUGUCGUUCUGCAACGUCCAAACGCGCGGCGUGACCGAACCGAACAUCGUCGUCGGCAUGACGCUCUUUGUCGGCGGUCUGGCUCAGUUCCUCGCCGGCAUGUGGUCGUUCCCCUGUGGCAAUACGUACGCUGCGACCGUGUUCUCGGCAUACGGCACGUUCUGGCUCUCGUACGCGUCCAUCUUCAUCCCGAGCACCGGCAUCCUCGCCGCCUACGCCGACGUACCGGAUCAGCUGCACAACGCGCUCGGCCUCUUCAUCAUCACCUGGUUCAUCUUUACCAUUCUUAUGCUCAUCGCCGCUCUCCGGCUGAACGUCGGCUUCAUCGUGAUGCUGGUCUUCCUCGCGGCCACGUUCCUCCUCCUCGCUAUCGCCGAAUUCCAGAAUUCGCUCGCGAUCACCAAGGCGGGCGGUGUGAUCGGGUUGAUCACGUCGUUCAUGGCGUAUUACUGCGCCAUGGCGGAGCUGCUGAAGCCUGAGGACAGCUGGUUCACGUUGCCGAUGGGCAACAUUCCCAAACGCCUUGAUUAGCUGAAGGACAGAUGAAUAAGGACCGUGAUGGGUUCGGCGGCAGUGUUAGCAUUCUUUCCUUGUACACACCUGUGUGUUGGCAAGGUGUCGAUCUGUCCACCGCCUCGCUAUGGCCCAUCUUAGCGGUACGGGAGGUUGAGCAGGGAUUGUAUUUGUACGAUCGCAAUGGAUGGCAGGCUGAACGGGAUGCGUUGAUCUGGGACAAGCACGCGAAUGCGAAAGCGGGACACACAAUUAUGAUUAUUAGC